AUGCCCAAUGUCAGCAAGUAUUACUGUCUUAAGCUCACCAGAGCUUGCCUUUCCAAGCAAACUUGACACCCUUUUUCUCCUCUCAAAGCAACCAGCCACACGUGGAACCGCAUCAAAAGUCAAAAGAACAUUUUUGCAGCUGCUGUAAUGCGGAAACAGCGUAGCGUAGCGAGGGGAUCAGCGGGACCGCGCCAAUCUCGAGGACCGGAACUAGCUAAACUACAGUCCUAGAGCAAGUCGUUGUUACCGAUCUCCAGACCACGAGCGCGCAAGGUGUUUGUGGUAAUGCACGGGACCAAGCUCCGGAUCACCAGCCUCUCGCAGCCGCAGCAGCUCGGUGCGGCGAUGGGCGGCGGCGCGGACGUGCACGCGCACCGGCCAGCGCGUCCAGCCCCACGGCACGCCAAGCUCAAGAUGCUCUUCGUCGUCAUCGUGACCAACUUCUUCUCCGUAUACCUCUUCUCCGGCGCGUCGCUGUCGCUCAACCUGCCGGAAUCGGCUCCCAGCAUCCACCUCUGGGACUCCACGGCGCUGCUCCGGGACCUCAACGCCACCCGCGACGCGCUCUCCUUAGCCCGCGCGGAGCUCUCCCUCGUCCGUGCGCAGUGCGGCACGUCGUCGCUGCUCCUGGAUUCCGUGCUCUCCAAGCUCGGCGCCGUCCACGGGGAGGACGCUCCGGCGGCCAAGGACUUCAACGGCUGGCCCGAGGAGCCCUCGGGCGAGCUCAAGCUGGCCAUCGAGCCGCACCGUCUCCCCCACGGCUUCUCCGUCAACUUCGGCACCGACGAGCUCUUCCCGGGCCUCGGCUUCGCGUGCCGCAACUUCCAGGAGGACCUCACGAAGUACAUGACGUACAACGCCAGCGCCGCGUGCCCCGACGACGAGGCCCUCGCGCUGCAGCUCACGCUCAAAGGCUGCGAGCCGCUGCCGCGCCGGAGAUGCAAGCCGAGGUCGCCGGCUCGGUACGUCGAGCCGAAGCCGCUCCCGGAGAGCCUGUGGUCGAUCCCGGCUGACACGACGGUCAACUGGACCCCGUACACGUGCAAGAACUACACGUGCCUCGUGGACCGCGCGCGCAGCCGGGGCGGGUCGUACGACUGCAAGGACUGCUUCGACCUGGCGGGCAAAGAGCGUCGGCGUUGGCUGACUGACAACGGCGGGCCCGGGUUCAGCAUCGACGGCGUGCUGCGGUCCAGGCCGCCGGGGACGGUCAGGAUCGGGCUGGACAUCGGGGGCGGCACGGGCACCUUCGCGGCGCGGAUGCGGGAGCGGAACGUGACCGUGGUGACCACGACGCUGGACCUGGACGCGCCGUUCAACCGCUUCGUCGCGUCCCGUGGCCUGCUGCCGCUGCAGCUCAGCCUGGCGCAGCGGCUCCCCUUCGCGGACGGCGUGCUGGACAUCGUGCACUCCAUGAAGGUGCUCAGCAACUCCGUGCCGGACGCCGUGCUCGAGUUCGCGCUCUUCGACGUCUACCGGGUGCUCAGGCCGGGCGGCGUCUUCUGGCUCGACCACUUCUUCUGCCUCGGCACGCAGCUCAACGCCACCUACGUGCCCAUCAUCGACCGCGUCGGCUUCCGCAGGCUCAGGUGGAAGGAGAGCAGGAAGCUCGACCUGGGCGCCGAGAGGAACGAGUGGUACAUCUCCGCGUUGCUCGAGAAGCCCAUGACAUGAUCGUGCGCCUGCAUGCCUCGUUGGUAAUUUGUUUGUUGCUUCUUGAUUGGUUUCUUUAGUUCUCUGUUUUGGGUGUGGAGAAUUCUAGCGCCGGUGAGCGUGCUGAAAUGCCGAGAUUGUGGCAAAUGUGUUUUUUACAUGGUUUCUGUGACAUUUACAAAGAAAUAAUCUUGUACAAUUUUGACAUAACACUUUCCUGCUACGCAGCAGCAUCGUGGUUGUCGGAUGUUGUUACCACCGCAAGUGUACCAGUUAACAUGUUUAGAACAACAAAUAUACACCCAUUAACUUGGUUA